UAUUUUGAGUAACAUUGUUCUUCAACUGGUUCUCUGAACUAGCAGGCUUUUACCGUGAGGUUUGAGAAUAAACCCUAUCUUUAUGAUCAAUUUCUGAUCCAAAUCUUGUCAUCGUACUCUCGGGUACAUGACAAUUGGUAUCUAUAGCCGUUUCGAUCUGUGAGGGAUUUAAUGGCAGAGUUUACUGAAGUUACACAACUUCAACAAAUCCCUGAAAGUGCAAAUCAACACGAGUUGAAGCUGGUGGAAAUGAACAAGAAACUUGAUAAUAUUUCGACAAAGGAGUAUGUCCAAGAACAACUGGAAAUUUUUUUUCAAUAAAUUUUAACUAAAUUUGGUGAUAUUGUUGGCGGCUCGUCAUUUGAUGAAGGUGUUUCUACGAACUGGCGACGUUAGUAGUGGAUCUGUUGCUCAAUCUUCUGAAUCUCAAGAUUUUUGUGUUUUUGCAUCUGAAGAAGCAAAAUCGGUUCCUACUUCUAUUCGUCCAGAUUCUUCUUCUCUAGUUCACUAUGAAGUUGAAUCUCAGAAAGUAUAAUCAAAUCCUUCCACUGUCGUUGACAAAGAAGACGAUGAUUCCACCGAUUCUGUGAGUUUUCAGUCGAAAGACAUAGAAGAUGAUGAAGUGAUUCAUACCGACAGUACAAAUCCUAAAAGCUCAAAGGAAUUAGCCGUUCUUCACAACAAGUUAAACUGUCCGGAUUGUCUUCAUAUUGGUAUUGGUGAUUCUCGUUGCAUACUUGAUCGUGUUCCUCCAAAACCUAAAAUCUCCGCUGCGGCUCAGAAGAAUGAAACGAAAGGCUUUCUAGGGUUUUCUUCAUCAUGGUUCUCUCAAAUGAUAUCGAUCUGUUGAAUCCAAAACCUGAUUUGGAGAAGAGGAGGCACAAGCCUAAGCGUUUGGUUCAAUCCCAAACUCCUUCUUCAUGUUCCACUAUUGUGUUUUUGCUGGCCUGCCUGCCUGUCAACGAAACUGCUUCCCAUUCAGUUUUCUAAGAGACACUCCCUAAUUGAUGUUGCGAUCAAAUGUGAACUCAGACUGUCUCGGAGACUUUUCGAUUUGUGAUGGGACAUUCUUUCCGUCUCUCCACGAUGAGAUGUCUGCAAUUGUGGGUUGUUUCAACCGGCGUGCACAGAACCUGCUACAAGUUCAUUUAUCUUCGGGUUUCAGAAAGUAUUUUACAUGGAUUAAGAGAAAACUUGUGAAAGGAAAUCACGUUGCUAUGGUUGAAGAAGGCAAAAAAGGUUUACUACAUAUCUUUGCAGGUUAUGCGGUUGGAGGAGGACAUGUAUUGCAUAUGGUUUGUGAUUUAACAAUAGCUGCUGACAAUGCCGUUUUUGGCCAGACAGGUCCAAAGGUUGGAAGUCUUGACGCAGGUUAUGGAAGUUCCAUCAUGUCUCGUUUGGUCGGGCCGAAAAAAGCACGUGAAAUGUGGUUUCUAGCUCGAUUUUACAAUGCUUCUGAAGCAGAGAAGAUGGGGCUAGUGAACGUCGUAGUACCGAUUUCGGCAGUGACAGCGACAUUUCUUCUGCAAGAAGGUUUUGCCACUUUACUUUUUACCCCAACAGGAUACUACUAUGGAUGUAGGGUGGCAGCAGUCAACCUCGUCGGCAAUACAAGCCGAAGGAAUGUCUCGCUUCACUGCUGUCUAGUGGGCACAGAAACUAACAAUUAUGCUGUCAGAUAUUAAGUGCCAAGGAUGCUUCAACAUGCAGAACAACUGUAUUCAGUCACUCACAAACAGUGGUUGUAUGUGGAAAUUGUCAAACUGUCUUGUGCCAACCAACUGGAGGUAAAGCUAGACUUACCGAGGGAUGCUCAUUCUGGAGAAAGGGAGAUUAAGCGGUUGCGAUAAGGGGAUGUUGUAGUCGAUAUUCAUUAUUACUAGUAGAACAAUGUAGAUUAUAUAGUGUUUGUUUUUAGCUAAA